AUGCCACAAACUAUGGAUGACUCGCCCAAUUAUUCAUCCAAUAUCAAACUCUACCCAAUAGAUAACAGAUUCAUAGCUUGCCUGGACACAACAAAUGCAAAAGCACAGUCAAAAUCUAACUUAGAGACAGUUAUUAUUCUCGAUCAGUCUGGUUCAAUGGGUGAUUCAGUUGCUAAUAUUGUCAACAAUGUGCUGCCAAAGUUCUUCGAGAUAUUGUCAUACGAUCCUGAGACUGUCAUCAAUUUAAUUGCAUUUGAGAGCAGCACAAGACUUUACAAGCUCAAGGUUAAAGAGUUCAAUAACGUCGAGCUAUAUUCUUUAGGUGGAACCUACAUGUCACCUGCCGUAAGCAUGCUAUUAUCUUUGUUUAAGGAAUAUCAAUUUACAGUCAAUGGUGUAAGAAUCUUGACAAUUUCUGAUGGUGAUGUCUAUGAUCAAGAAGCAACAAAAGUGCUCGGUGAAAAGCUUGCAGGUUUUGCAAGCAAAUGCAAAAUUUUAGUUAAUUCACAAGCAAUCAGAUUCUUCACAUAUGGCCAACCAGAUACAACAGCACUUUGUAGCUUACUACAGCUUAAUAAUGUUGAAAAAAGUCAAUUGACUGACAUUGAAGCAGGUAAGCCACAUGAGGAUAUAGCAAGAAUAAUGGCAGAUUUAUUUGUAAAUGACGGAUUUGACCAGCCAAUGAAGUUGCAAUCUAGUGACUCUAUAUUCUAUAAAUUCCCAUGGGAUAAAGAACCGACGAACCAGCUUCAAAUCUUACCCGAGAUAAACAAUAUCUUUUGGGUCCAUGAAGUUCCAAAAGAAUCGCAAAUCAUCACCCUCGAUGGUGAAACUGUAGCUGUGACAAUCCACGACGACAUAACUUUUGAUCAACUUUUAAUUUUUAUCAAACUUGACUUCCUGGUUGAUCGUAUAAAAAUUCUGAAAAUCCUCAACUCAUCCACUGCUAAAGAAACAAUCGAAAGAAUUGUUGCAUUUUUCACAACAUUAGAGAAUAUUCUCAUAAAACUAGCUGAAAAUGAAGUCAUCGAUCCAAGAUCCAUCGAGAAUCGAAUUCGUCUUUGUAAACUAAAUGCAAUCACGUCUAGAACAUUUACAACAUUUUUAGAAACCAUAGCAAAUGAUCAAAAAAUUCAUGAGUUGAAUUCGGAGCAAAAAGCAAAUUAUUUGAGAAAUGUUCGGGCUUCCACUAAAGCUGGACGAGGAUUGGCAAUGAGAGCUGCUAAGAAGAAGUCUAAAAGUUGGUCAAAAGAUCAAAACUUUGAUGAAAUUGUUCACAAGGAGGUCCAAGCGAUCAAAUCCCACUUCGACGAGAUCAAGGACGUUGACCAUAAGAAUCAUUCAGUAUCAUUUUACUCACAAGCCACAACUCUUGAAGGAAUCAAAUCACUUAUUGAAUUUACAGACGACGUAACCUUCCAGAGUCUGAAGGCUGAUGACAUCCUUCAAAUUAUCAAUAUCGUCGGAGUCGCUUGCAAAUGUCCAGUCGGUGACUUUCCAGAUGCAUCAACGUGGAGAGUCAAUGAGAUCUAUUAUGGAUGUUAUGUUAGUGUUGCUGACAUCAUUACAUCGAUCCAUCAAUCCAAAGAUGCAGAGUUCGUCCUUAAGGCUCCUGGAAUCGACAAAGAGAUCACGAAUGUGAUUCCAGUGUUUGAUGAUCCAAGGAUUGGUGUCUUUUUAAAGAAAUAUGCUCCAUCGAUCCUCGAAUUCACAUCUUCAAUAGGAAUGAGAAGGGUGAUUGCUGACGUCCCAAUGACUUUUGGAUACAACAUCAUUGCAGGCAUAAGGAGAAUGAUGUAUGACUUAAACAAGAACAAAUCAACAGUUCAUUUAGAGACUUUCAAGAACCUGAUCAGCACAGCUUAUCUUUUUGUCGGAAAAUACUUUGAUCAUGUUGAGAAGUUGUUGGUGGAUAAGAAUUGUAAAACAAAUGGAUAUUACCUCGGCAACAAUGGAAUUGCCAGCCUUAUAGUCCCUCUAAUAAGAAUCUACAGCAAAAAGAACCACGAAGCAGUCAAGAGAAUACCAGACAUCCUCAGAUCCAUCUACAGCUAUGAAAUCUGGAAAGGAAUCAGCAAAGAAUACAAAGGAAAACAAAAGUUUAAUUUAAUCAUCAAGGAUAUGCUUCAUAAGCUGUUAGGCAUUGACAUUGAGUCACGUAAGGUUCAAGUUAAACCAAUAUUUGAGCCAGAACCAAAGAGUGAGGACAUUAAGUUUCCAUCUGAGUUUGAAAUCGACCAAGAAUACCUCGAUAUGCUUACUCAGCCUUUGCAUUAUCACAAUUAUAUGAGCUUGCUACCUAAGUUACUUACUGCUGUAACAUCUGGGCAACUUGAAGACAUCAAGAACAUUCGAGAAAUGACGAAAUCUUCGACUAUGCAUGCUUUUGGCAUUGACUACAGCUACAAGCAGUUUGUAUUCCUUAAUGUCUUCCAAGCACUUAGAUAUCCUCGAACAGUAGUCCGUGCUGACACAAAAGCUCAAACUAUGAAGAUUGUUGAUAUCAAGGAUCAUCAAACAGCAAUAAAGGAUGUCAAAAAGUACGUACGUGAGCAGUUUGAGGCACAAUAUGAUUUUGACUUUAGGAUGAAGCGACGACAAGAGGAACUGGAAAUGGCACAGACAAUUGUUGACAGCCUGACUAAUGAAACAAACUAUCAAGCUAUGGUCAACAUCUGGAAGAAUGGAAUAACAAGGAACAGCAUAACCUAUAAAAUUGCCAAUUCAUCCAGCAAUGGAUUUAAGCUGCUUUGUAGGAAAUUGGUUGACUUAACGAUUGAGAUUCCACUUAGGUCUAAGAUUAUAGAGGUUUUGUUGCUUGGUGUUGAUGCUGAUGGUCAAGUUGUCUAUAACAACGGUGAAGUCUGUGACAUCAAAAACAUCAAAAAGUAUAAAAGAAGGUUUUUGCUGACUGAAAGAGUUGAGGAAUGGAAUGAAGUUGAGCAGAAGUACAACAGCCGUAACAUCCACGCAUACCGUGAAAAAGAGAACCGACGAGGUCAUGGAAACUUAAAACCAUCAUAUUGGGGUCUUGGAUACAAUCGUAUAUCCGACUUUUUGAACUGCUUUACUACAUAUGAGCAAAUUAAAUACUUUAAUCUGCACUCAAAUUGCUGCAUUGCUAGAACUAGAAUCAAGCCAGCAGUAAUUAAACAAGAUCGAAUUAAAACUAAAGUUAGGAAAACAAGACCAAAGACAAUAAGGAAGACUUGGCGUAGAACCAAUUACCACAGACAGUUGAAUCGCAACUGCGAUGACUACCAACUCUACAUUGAUAUAAAAAUGAGCAGAAAAAGGAACAACAAAAAAUUCAAAAUUAAAGACAGAAUUAAAGCCAAUUGUAGGAAAAAUAUCACCAAAGAGAGAAAACAGAGACGUGCUAUGAGUUAUAAUAAUUUAGGAAGUACAAGCAGGUCCACUGAAAACUAUGAUGAAAAUUUAAGCGAUCUUGAAACAGAAAUGAACAAUUUGAGGAUGAAAAAUUCCAAAAGAUUUAACAGAAGCAAUAGAAAAAUGAGAUUUAUGAAGAAAUUCAAAAAUUGA